AUGCGCAUCCAAGCACCAGUUGUUGGGGCGGAUCCGCGAGGUGGCUUCAGGCCCACUGCCAACGUGGCUACCACUCGCGUGCAGUGCCAACGCCCCAUUCAGUUCUCGUUGGGUGGGUGUUUGGAGGAGGAGGAGGAGGAGGAGUGGAUUGUGGCUCCUCAGUGGGUGGGUGUUGCGGCAAAUGCGUCUCCAUUUGGUCAUCACUGGGUGAAUCCACUUCAUGUGGCUGUAAAUGGCACCAUCGGAACGAAGGCGCCACAGUUCCAGUAUGUGAGUGCAUUCCGUUUGAUUGAGCACUUAGGUCGCAUGCUUACUCCUCCUCAGCACCUUUGCCACUUGGGCGGCACGUGGUGCCAGGCAGUGGACAGUCAGUGUCGGGUGGGUGGCGCUACGAGAGAUGCUGUGCUUGGCGGUUGGUGGAUGGAGCCUCCAACUCCAUGA